GGGUGCAAGGGAGCACAACAGCACCCAUCUCGGACCAAGUCAAACCAAGAGUCUGCCUCCAUCGCUUCCAACGUGUUUUACUCUGGAAUCUAAUCAUGGAUAUCCCCAUCCAGUAUCCCUGGUACCGUAGGGCCUUCCCACAGCGACUCACUGACCUCUCCAUGGCAGAACCUCUCACUGAUUGGCCACUUUUCUGGCCCUUCCCCUGGUCCUUCAACUGGAUGCGCCCUUCCUCAAUGCGCUGGUUCAACUGGCCAGACAGUGGGUACAGUGAGAUGCGCAUUGAAAAGGAUCGCUAUGUCAUUUUACUUGAUGUGAAGCAUUUCUCGCCCGAGGAGCUGUCUGUCAUUGUUAGUGACGGAUCCAUCACCAUACACGGCAAACAUGAGGGCAGACAGGACGACCACGGCUUUGUGUCGAGAGAGUUUCGAAGGAAGUACAGACUUCCUGCUGGUGUGUCGGGUGCCGACGUCACCUCCAGUCUCUCGUUUGAUGGUAUUCUCACCAUCACUGCACCUCGGUCAUCCACCGGCCCUGAGCACCCUAUUCCUGUUUCCUGUGAAGACGGAGCACCUAAACAGAAUAUGUAGAGCGGGGUGACGCUACUCACUACUACUUACCCCAAGUGCUGCCUGUUUUUAUAACUAACCUGUUUCAGUAGUUUUGUAGUGCACUCAUGCAGUAGGCAGGGGAUACAGGGUUAGAUAUCUAAAGGGCAAGUGCCUUAUAAUUCUUUAGGAUCUUUAUUCUAACUCACUGUUAUUCGAAUGUCUCUGCCAGACAAUGGUGCUUUUAAACCAAAGGCUAAUUGACUAUAUUUGACACAUUUUUGUGCAGAUGCAGUGGGGAGGUGAAGGAUUAUGAUCACAAACCUGCAUAAUCCAUCAAAACUGCUUUUAUCACAAAAACUGCAGCUCCCUUUUAGUGGAAAUGGCUAUAGUACAUUUUAGGGAGUGGAAAUCGAAUACCUUCUCAAAAUUGUCAACUGAAGGUGAUAACAGACUAAAAUUGUCAAACUUAUUACAUUUACAGUGCACAGUACUGUCUGAGUUGGUAUGAGUAAGAUGCAAACUGUGCUUUGUUUAUUAUUUUUAGAAUAGUGUUGGUUUUUGUAUUUUACGUGGAGUAGGGAGUUCUCUGGAAGCAUACGCAGUCAUCUUUUGUUUGUUCAAUAAAUGACACCAAAGGACUUGGGACCAGGUGUGUUCACGUUGAGAGGAUGACCUCGUGUGAGAAUGAGCAGGAGGGAAAAAGGGGACUCUGGAGAAACUGAUUUUUGGAGAGGGACAGAUUUUAUCAUUGGGCUCCUUUUCUGCUGAGGAGCAUGGCCUCUGAGCUGCUAAGGAAAGUGUGUGUGGAUGUAUGUGAGAGAGAGUGCAUAUGUAGAUGCAAAGGUUACAGAUAAUUCCUUCAUUUCGGCAACAACCCUCUGGCAUAUUAACACAGAAAAAUAGAAUAAAUGUUGAAACUCAAAAUCACAUGUCUGUGUGUGUUCCUUUUUUUAAUGUCGGUUUUUUGAAAGGCACAAAACAACAAAUGCAUACAAUACAUUUGGAGAGAAGCUGAUGAAUCAUACUUGAAUCAUGAUUAGUUUAUUUGCAGUGCAAUUUGUCCACUGCUGCAAAAUCCCCUUUACUAAUUCCAAAGAAAUCUGUUAUAUUUUGUGUUGAUAUUUUGUAGACAGUUGACACGCAUUGCUAUUUAUUUUGUCAUGCAAAACAACCCAAGGAAUGGAGCACAAAUAGCGUGAAUCAAAAAAUGUGAAACAGAUACAAUCAGAACGAUGGAGUAUUACAGAGAGAAACGGACACAAGUCAAAUAUAGAGCGUUAAGCAGCAAUAGUCCUUUUAAAGCGCUUUGAAAUCUUCAUUAUGAUCCCCAUCUACAUUCAUAUUUUGUUGUGCUGAGCUGUGCAUAUCUUCUAAGGUGCAGGUUAUCAACAGAUUGGAUUAGCAAAACUACAUAUUGUCAACAAUCUGUGUAAAAUAAUGAAAAAAUGUUGUCUUGGAUUGUAUUUUAUAACCAUGUUGGUCUCUUUGUUAGUAAGUGCAGCAUUAGUUGCAGUAGAAGUCCCAUUUCUGAAAAUAAAAGAGAGGUAGAAUUAAAAGAAAGCAUCACUUGUUCUUUACAUGAGUGUGUAUAAAUGAGUGUGUGUUAACCUACAGUAGUCUUGACUUCAGUGCUGGCUGGCAUGAGAGGAUGGUUCUCCUCCACUACACUGCUUGGGAAGUGACCAAUGCGAGCCUCCUGCUGUCCGUAAUAGGAGUCUUGUACCUGCAAACAGAUGAAAUCGACUCAAAUUAUUGACAUUGUCACUUUUGAGAGGUGUGUUCUGGAGAGGAUUACAUCAUGACUUAAACAAAGACACGACAAGUGUUUUGGUUUAGAGCUGUGUCAAAGCAAAAGGCUUUUUUUUAACUUACACUGCCUGCCCAGAAGAGGUUCCCUCUGUCCUUUAGCAUUGCAUAAACAUAGAUGAGCUGCCCCUGUCUGAUUGGGAUGAACCUGCAGUCACCAGGGUAGUAGUCCUGCACUGCACGAGCUAUCAGGAUAGGAUCUGUGCAGGAAUAGAUGUCAUAUUGUAAUGCACAUUAAGAAAGCUAAGCAUGUGUAUCAUCAUUUCCAUUCUACCUACUACACUGUUGUUUAACUGUCACUAGCAGCUAAAAGAAGUUAGUGUGAUACUUACGGCUGCAUUCCGAGUCAGCGCAGAGUUUCUUGUCAGAGAGUUUAGGCAUCUGCCUUCCAGCUUCAGAGGUGGGCAUCAAAAGCCACACUGAAAGAGCAAGCCAGAGUUUGCAAUGCAUGUCUGUAUUUGAAAGCACCUAAUGAUCCAACGCUCUUGAUUAAAGCUUAUUAAAAGCUU